CCAAUUUUUAAUUAAAAAAAAAAAACAAAAGAAAAUUUAAGCAUGCGGCGCCGCGCGGGACUGGGCGCUAUUCAACAGCAAAAGCUAGCCGCCGAAAAGUACAAGGACAAAGGCACAGACCUGCAGGAAUCGCAGCUGGAGCAAAUGACAAAGCAAAUGGAUGUUUUCCGGCUCAAGCUAGAGGAGUUCGCAAUGAAACACAAAGAGGACAUUCGCAAGAACGCGCAGUUUCGCAAGCAAUUCCAGGAAAUGUGCGCUGCCAUUGGCGUUGAUCCGCUGGCCACGGGCAAGGGCUUCUGGAGCGUCCUGGGCAUGGGCGACUUCUACUACGAAUUGGGUGUUCAAGUGGUCGAGGUGUGCCUGGCGGCCAACCACAAGACGGGCGGUCUGAUGGAGCUGGACGAGCUGCGCCGGCGUCUGGUAGCGGCCCGUGGCCAGAGUGCAGUUCACCAGGAGAUCACCAAAGAGGACAUACUGAUGGCAGCCAAAAAGCUGAGCAUUUUUGGAAAUGGUUUUGUUGUGCACAAGCUGGGCAAGGGCAAGUACAUCGUUCAGUCCAUUCCCGGGGAGCUGAGCAUGGAGGAGACCAACAUCUUGAAUGCUGCAUCCAAUACCGAACAGGGCUGCGUCACACAAUCUCAGCUAAUGCAGGACUUGGGAUGGACCGACUACCGGGCCAGGCAAUCGCUGGACAAGGUCCUGGGUGAGGGCCUCUGCUGGAUAGACAGGCAAGCGGACGAGGAGCCUGCCUAUUGGUUCCCCAGCUUGUUUCCCGGUCGCAAUGCUCAGGCUACUGCCUUGUAGCUUCGCCUUAUUACAAACUACUAGUAUUUAUGCCAUAACUUAACUAAUAUACGUAUAUUUGUACAGUUUGCAAGCUA